CUCUCGCAUCUUCCCAUCACUACCAGACAAGCCUGACUCACAAGUGCCCCGCGCCCCUCCGCUACACAAUGGCCAACCCAAUCACCAAGAUCGCCGUGACAGGCGCCGGUCAAAUGGGCCUGGGCAUCGCCUACGUUGCAGCUGUCAACGCCCGAGCCUCGGUCCGCCUCUACGACGGCAAUGUCAAGGCGUUGGACAAGGGCGUCGCCUUCUUCGAGUCUCUCCUCGCCAAGGACGUCAAGAAGAAUAAGAUGACGCAGCAGCAGGCAGACGAGGCGCGCGGGAGGCUCAGCAUCAUCAAGGACCUCGAAGCCUUGGGUGAUAAGCCGCCUGAGAUGGUGUGCGAGGCAAUUGUCGAGAAUCUAGGUGCAAAGCAGGACUUGUUCAAGAGGUUGGCCAAUAUCGUGCCGGUGGAAACCAUCUUGGCCACCAACACGAGCAGUAUCAGCGUGUCCAAGAUUGCGUCGGCGGCUGUGCGCGAGAAGUUCCAGGGAGGGGAGCGCGACCGCGAGUCACCAGCGAGGGUCCUCUCGGCCCACUUCAUGUGGCCAGUCCCCGUCUCCACAGUAGUAGAAGUUAUCCCCGCCCUCCAAACCUCGCCCGAAGUACUCUCCCGCGUCAUCGAGUUUGUGGAGAAACAGUUGGGCAAGCGAGUCGUAGCAUCCAAGGAUCGACCGGGAUUCAUCGCCAACCGACUGCUCUGCCCGAUGCUCAACGAGGCCAUCCUGCUUCUGGAUGAGAGUGUGGCAACGAGGGAGGAUAUCGAUGCGACGAUGAAGAUGGCAAUGCGUCAUCCGCAGGGGCCCCUCGAGUUGGCGGACACAAUCGGCCUCGACACGGUCCUCUCAAUCAUGGAGACGCUCCACCGUGAGACGGGAGACUCCAAGUAUAGGCCGGCGGCGUUGCUCUCGCGAAUGGUCGAUGCAGGCUGGUACGGGCGCAAGAGUGGCAAGGGCUUCUACGACUACUGAUCCUCUCGCUUCGCGCUCGCAUCGCACGCGCGCAUCGCGUGGAAAUGACAAUAAAUUAGACGAUAUCACUCACUCACUCACUGAAAAGCAGACUCUUGCCCAUCGCCGGACGUUGAUCCACCUCUCCAUCGCGUGCCAUCCUGGCAAACCCUUCCAAACGCCGUAGAUUCUCCUCCAAGCUCGGCGGGAGUCGCUCGUCGUACUCUUCCACUUCUUGCGUCGCAUCGCUAGCCAAUGGCACUGCGGGGGCUUCGGCAAUCGUUGCGCUGAGCGGGUUCUCGUCGAUGCCCAGCUGCGGGCUCGAGGGCGAGGC